CCACAACCGCCCGGGCGGCCGGGGGGUCCGGGGGUCCCGGGGGUCCCGCGUCUCCGAGCCGCCGGCCGGCACGAUGGACAGCCCCGAGGUGACCUUCACUCUGGCCUACCUGGUGUUCGCCGUGUGCUUCGUGUUCACGCCCAACGAGUUCCACUCGGCCGGCCUCACGGUGCAGAACCUGCUGUCCGGCUGGCUGGGCAGCGAGGACGCCGCCUUCGUGUCCUACCACCUGCGCCGCACGGCCGCCACGCUGCUGUGCCACUCGCUGCUGCCGCUGGGCUACUACGUGGGCAUGUGUUUCGCGGCCUCGGACAAGCGGCUGCACUGGCCGGCCCAGGCGCCCGAGGCCUGGCGCCUCUUCCUGCUGCUGGCCGUGCUGCUGCCCUGCGCGGCCGGCGCGCUGGUCUGCCACUGGGCCAGGGACCGCUGGGCCCGCCACCCGCUGGCCCGCACGCUGGCCCUCUACGCGCUCCCGCGCUCGGGCUGGGCGGCCGUGGCCGCCUCGGUGGACACAGAGUUCCGUCGGAUCGACAAGUUCGCCACGGGGGCCCCAGGCGCGCGCGUGAUCGUGACGGACACGUGGGUGAUGAAGGUGGCUACGUACCGCGUGCAUGUGGCGCGGCAGCAGGAGGUGCAGCUGACGGUCACUGAGUCGCGGCAGCACGAGCUGUCGCCGGACUCGAACCUGCCGGUGCAGCUGCUGACCCUCCGCGUGGCCAGCGCCAGCCCUGCGGUGCGGCCCUUCGACAUCCGGCUCAACUCGGCCGAGUACGGCGAGCUGUGUGAGAAGUUGCACGCGCCCGUCCGCCGCGCAGCCCACGUGGUCAUCCGGCAGAGCCUCGGCGACCUGUUCCUAGAGACCUUCGCGUCGUUGGUGGAGGGCAACCCGGCCUACGCGGUGCCCAGCGGGCAGGAGCUGGAAGCGUGCAUUGGCUGCAUGCAGACGCGCGCCGGGGUGAAGCUGGUCAAGAGCUGCCAGGACGCGGCCGCCGGCGAGUGCCAGCAGUGCUACUGCCGCCCCAUGUGGUGCCUCACCUGCAUGGGCAAGUGGUUCGCCAGCCGCCAGGACCCGCAGCGCCCUGACACCUGGCUGGCCAGCCGCGUGCCCUGCCCCACCUGCCGCGCCCGCUUCUGUAUCCUGGACGUGUGCCGCGUUCGCUGAGGGCGCGGAGUAGGCUCCUGCCCAGGG